AUGUUUUUUGUCGUGUCAUUAGAAGUACGAAGUGUUCAUGACGGAAUCGCUAGCGAGGUGGAAGAAACAUUGAAAAGAAUACAAUCACACAAAGGUGUGGCUGGAGUUGUAGUUGUCAAUGCUGAAGGUAUCCCAAUUAAAACUACAAUGGAUAAUACUACAACCGUACAGUAUGCAGGCCUUAUUAGUCAGCUAUCUGAUAAGGCUCGAAGUGUAGUCAGAGAUUUAGAUCCGAGUAACGAUUUAACAUUUUUAAGAAUUAGGUCUAAAAAACAUGAAAUUUUAGUGGCACCAGAUAAAGAAUUUUUAUUAAUUGUUAUACAAAAUCCAGUAGAUUGA